UCAUCAUCAGUUAAUCGGUUACGUUCGCUAGGUGCACUUCAUCCACUCCCAGACUCGCUUGUGACCUUAGUGAAGAUGAAACCCUUCGCCUUUGUUGUUCUGGCUGCCCUCUGCCUGACCUUUGCCCAAGGUCGUCCGGCCCAUCAGUACCUUCCGCCCUUGCCGGUCAAGGAGGCGGUGUCGGUGGCGCCCACCUUCCAGCAGGUGGUCCAGCCCCAGAUCCAGAGCCAGGUGCAGCAGGUGGUGCAGCAAGUGCACCAGCAGAUCCAUCCCCAGGUGGAGUCUAUUCAGGCCUCCAUUCCUCUGGCCAGCUUCACCAUCCAGUCGGGAGGACAGUACCCAAGUGCUCCAGCUCCAGCCCCCAUUUCGAUCCCAGCUCCGGCUCCAGCUCCUGUUGUGAUUAAUGCUCCAGCUCCAGCUCCGGCUCCAGCUCCGAUCUCCAUCCCUGCUCCUGCUCCCGUUGUGAUUAAUGCUCCAGCUCCAGCGCCAGUUGUGAUCCCAGCUCCAGUUCCUGCUCCCGUGGAGAUUGCCCAGCCAGCUCCCCAGGUGAUCUAUGAGGCUCCCAAGCCAAUUGUGGCCACCCAGACGGCGGUGCAGAACGCCUACCUGCCACCUGCGCCCGUCCAGCAGUUCGUUCCAGCACCCGAGCCCGUGGUAGAGACCAUUGUCCAGCAGCCAGCUCCUCAGGAGACCAUUGCCUACUCGGCCCCGGCUCCGGCUCCAGUGGCAGUGCCUGCACCAGCUCCAGUCCCAGUGCCCGUGCCCGUUGUCCAUGAGCAGCACCAGGUGAUCCAGCAGACCUACUCCGCUCCAGCUCCUGUCCAGCAGACCUACUCCGCUCCUGCUCCUGUCCAGCAGACCUACUCCGCUCCAGCUCCUGUCCAGCAGACCUACUCUGCUCCAGCUCCUGUCCAGCAGACCUACUCCGCUCCAGCUCCUGUCCAGCAGACCUACUCUGCUCCAGCUCCUGUCCAGCAGACCUACUCUGCUCCAGCUCCAGUAGUUCAAGAGUACUCUGCACCAGCUCCUGCUCCAGUAGUCCAGCAAUCAUACUCUGCUCCUGCCCCUGCUCCAGUCCAGAUCCAGGAACCAGUCUACACUGCUCCCGCUCCUGUUCAGGUCCAGGAACCAGUCUACACUGCCCCAGCUCCAGCUCCAGUGGCUCAGCAGACAUACUCCUACCCAGCCCCUGUGGUGCAGCAGGCUCCAGUCAUCCAGCAAGCUCCUGUCGUCCAGGAGGUGGUCCAACAGUCUCCAGUCAUCCAGCAAGCUCCUGUGGUCCAGGAGGUGAUCCAGCAGGCUCCUAUUCAGGAGGUCGUUCAGCAGGCUCCAGUCAUCCAACAAGCUCCAGUGAUCCAGCAGGCCGCUCCAGCUCCAGUGGUUCAGCAGUACUCCGCACCAGCUCCAGUGGUUCAGCAAUACUCUGCACCAGCUCCAGCUCCAGUCGUCCAGCAAACUUACACCGCUCCUGAGCCUGUUCAGCAGAUCAUCCCACAACAGCAGUACAGUGGUUACUCCUACCAAGCUCCUCAGCCCGCUCCAGUUGUGAUCCCUGCUCCCGCUCCUGCUCCAGUUGUGAUCCCUGCUCCUGCUCCUGCUCCAGUUGUGAUCCCUGCUUCUGCUCCAGCUCCAGUUGCGAUCCCUGCUCCUGCUCCAGCUCCAGUUGUGAUCCCUGCGCCUGCUCCAGCUCCAGUUGUGAUCCCCGCUCCUGCUCCUGCUCCAGUUGUGAUCCCUGCUCCUGCUCCUGCUCCAGUUGUGAUCCCUGCUUCUGCUCCAGCUCCAGUUGCGAUCCCUGCUCCUGCUCCAGCUCCAGUUGUGAUCCCUGCGCCUGCUCCAGCUCCAGUUGUGAUCUCUGCUCCUGCUCCAGCUCCAGUUGUGAUCCCUGCUCCUGCUCCAAUCCAACUGCAGCAGUCCUUUGUGCCCGCCCCGCCGGCUCCUAUUGAAAUCCAAGCCCAACCAGCGCCCCAGCCUAUCGUACAGUACACUCCUUCCGUUUCCGUUCCCGCUCCCGCUCCUGUGGAGGUCGGCACCACCUACGCCGCCAACGGAGGAUACCUGUACUAGUGAAGAGAUGCCCGUGAACGGACCCCGGGCGGAGGUCCGAACUCGCAUCGAGUUGGGGCACCGAAGGCCAUCUAGGCCGAUGGGUUCAUCCGAACUUAAUGUUACGUAGCCAAUUUUUAGCACCAAUUUUUUUUGUUAU